CUCUCUCUCUCUCUCUCUCGCCCAAUACAAGUUCAGCUCAACUGGUAUCCAACUAGAGCACCAUGUCUGAUGGUGAUUGGGGGGGGCUGAUGGAGAGAGAGACGGCACACGUGCAUCACUUUUACAUCGGCGCAUGUUCCAGUCGUCCGUCAUUCCUGCAGUGAGGUCAUCACUCCAGAUCUCUGAUCUUCACUGAACGCUGGAGAAACUUGUGGAGAACAGUGCUCAGGAACAGGAAGGAAGAGCGAGGAGACGUGUGGAGGAGAGCGAGGGUGUGAUCGCUUCACAGACGGAGUGAACGAAGACAACAGAGAAAGUGACCACAAACACGGACCAAACGGAAGCGGAUUAUUCUGCAGACUUCCACACAAAGAGCGAUGAGAAGAAGCUGAGAACAUCAGGAGAACUCAUCAGUCUCAGGUCAUGAUGGAGAAGAACGAGACACCCGUCUCGCCCUCCUCACCGUCUCCGUCUGUCCUCCAGCGCGUCAGCCCUGCUCGCAUGAGUUCGCCUGAUGUUAACGCGGCUCGUGAUGCAGAGAGCCGUACGGACACCACGCCCAGCGCAGCGGAACCAGAGGCCACUGGAGCCGAUACUGACCAGACGACACCUCCCCGACGGAGCCCCCCCAUCACGUCCACGGAGUCGGGUGGUGAGCGCGUGUCCUCGUCCUCCUCGACGUCCCUCCCGCCCAACAUCCCGGUCAUCAGCCUGGCUCACAGCAAACCCCCCCUGCCUCCCCUCUCCAUGCUGUCGGCCCCCCUGAGGGCCCUGCACCCCGCUCCGCGCCUCCCGCACGGCCCCACCGAGCUGCGACUGGCACAACUGUCCUCGCUGUCUAGCGCCGGACCCACUGCGGCCCUCCUGCCUCCGCCCUUCCUGCAGACGCACCCCUUCAUCAGCAGCUCUUUCCUUGGACCAUCUGGGAGCUUUGGGAUCUUUGGGAACGCUCGUAUAAAGAGACGGCCAUCCACACACUUCGAGCUGGACCUCAAUGAUGGUCCUCCUCAGAAGCUGGCUCGGCGUGUCUUCACUAACAGCCGCGAACGCUGGCGGCAACAGAACGUAAACGGUGCUUUCUCUGAGCUCCGCAAACUCAUCCCGACCCACCCUCCUGACAAGAAGCUCAGCAAGAACGAGAUCCUGCGCCUCGCCAUGAAGUACAUCAACUUCCUCGUCCAGCUGCUGAAUGACCAGACGAGCGACCAGGCGUGUAAAGGCACGACGGAGGGUGAGGAGGACCGGAAGAAGGAUGGAAGCGAGGCUUUGGGAAACAGCAGCUCCCCGUCCCGUAAAAACAGAGACUCCACGGACUCCAUGACGGUGCUGACGGCAUCAUCGGGCUCCAGUUGUUGCGGCGACACGGACAGUGAGGAGAGUACGGGGCCGCGGACCUGCGGCAUUGAGACAAAACAUGGCAGCAGCGGAAUCACGGAGAAGGUUCAGGAACAGAUCCUAGCAGUCACAGCCAGCAGCUACCAGCGGUGACCAGCACUAACCAAUCUCAAACUGACACGCAUAUAAACUCUCAUAGAAACAUUGUGUGGAAUGUCAGCAAAUUUUCUUUUUGUACAUUUUUGGACGGGGUUAAAUUCAUGGCUUGUAUUCCGGAUCCAUGUUUCGUGUGUUGAGUUAGCAGUGUCACGUGAUUCUUCAUGUCUGCAACUUCUCCAUUUAAUUUCCUCUCACUGAUAUUUCAAGGAGUUGUAUGUGUGGCUCAGUCAGGGAAUAAAUAGAGUUUGUGGGUUCCUGGUGUACCUCAGACAUCACAUCUACCACUGUCUGAAGCAUUCUGACUGGAUUAUUUAAUAAUGUAUUCAUCUUUGAAAGCAUAAGUGCUAAAUGGAGAACAGCUCAGGACUUGCUGGUUCAGUGUUCCUCUGUCUUCUGUCCCGUGGGCAUCUGAAGACCUGCAGCAUCUUCAGGAGAAUCUGAUGGGAAAUGUUCUGAAUGCAGCUCACAUCACACUCUGAUCACAGUCUGCUCUAGAUUAUCUUUGUUUGUUUGCUCCGUCUGUAAGAAGUUGUAGUUAUGUGGCUUGCAUUCAACUGAUUUUAGUCUGAAUAAAUUAAACAUGAUUGUUUCAGA